GCUGGUGAACUGUGAGUGCAGCAGCGUGAGGACGCACAGGUUUGAAAACACAGACCCACGGACCGGUUCACUCCGCUGGGACCUGACCGCUCUGGGGUGCACACAGACCGGUCUCACGCUGCCGCCGAUAUCGGAGCCGAGGCUUCCACGUGCUCACCCGUUAAAUCGUCUGAUUUAUUAACCCGCUACAAGCCGCGGUGCUGGUGUCAUACGUUCCCGAGCUAACCGGUCAUUAGCAGGCGAUUCGCAGGGGCCUGCUCCUCCUGGAUGCCAAGCUGGGGUUACCGACAGGACACUCCUCCUAACAGCCUUCCAGAGACUGCGGGUUCCGCCGGUGUAGGCGUCCGACACCGGCCUCAAGAACCACACCCGCCACCCUUCGUCCUGACCUGGACUUCAUGCUAGCCCCGUGCCAGGCUACACUAGCUAGCUAGCUAACGGUCGGUGUGCAGGUUGAAAGUGUGAAGACAGAUAGGACCGCAGCCUCCGGCUCCCCGUGUGCGUGCGAUGGGUCUGCUGUCACAGGGCUCUCCGCUGAACUGGGAGGAAACCAAGAAGUAUGCGGACCACAUCAGAAAACACGGCAUCAUCCAGUUCCUCAACAUCUACCACAAGCUGAAGGAGCGGCAGAGGGACGUGCUGAAAUGGGGCGAUGAGGUUGAGUACAUGCUGGUGGAACUGGAUGAGAAGGAUGAGAAGGUUCGACUCGUCCUGAAUGGCAAAGAUGUUUUGGAAACUCUCCAAGACCAGGGUGAAAAGAUAAACCCCAAUCACCCAACGCUCUGGAGGCCAGAGUACGGCAGCUACAUGAUUGAGGGAACUCCAGGGCAGCCGUACGGCGGCACCAUGUCAGAGUUCAACACUGUGGAGGGCAACAUGGGGAAGAGACGACGAGAGGCGUCGUCUGUCCUCAGCCAGAACGAAACCCUCUGCACCAUCACCUCAUUUCCAAGGUCAGGUUGCCCAGGUUUCACCCAACCAGAGCACCGGCCAACUCCCGUGGAGAAGGGAGUGUCGAAGUCACUGUUUUUCCCUGAUGAAGCCAUCAACAGUCACCCGAGAUUCAGCACCCUUACCAGAAACAUUCGUCACCGAAGAGGAGAGAAGGUUGUGAUCAAUGUGCCAAUUUUCAAAGACAAGUGCACUCCAUCUCCGUUUGUGGAGGACUUUCCUGAGGACGACGGGGAAGCGGCAAGGGCGGCUCUGCCCGAUCAUAUCUACAUGGACGCCAUGGGCUUUGGCAUGGGCAACUGCUGCCUGCAGGUUACAUUCCAGGCAUGCAGCAUUGAUGAGGCCAGGUACCUCUAUGACCAACUAGCAACUUUCUGCCCCAUUGUGAUGGCGCUGAGUGCUGCCUCUCCCUUCUACAGAGGCUAUGUGUCAGAUAUUGAUUGUCGAUGGGGAGUUAUUUCUGCCUCGGUGGACGACAGGACACCGGAGGAGCGCGGGCUGAAGCCUCUGAAAAAUAGCAAAUACAGGAUCUUUAAGUCGAGAUACGACUCCAUCGACAGCUACCUGUCGAGCUGUGGCGAGAAGUACAACGACAUCGAUUUGACGAUAGACACGGAGAUUAACGAACAGCUGCUCAGUGCAGGUAUCGACAAGCUGCUGGCACAACACAUAGCGCACCUCUUCAUCCGAGAUCCACUCUCUGUCUUCGAGGAGAAAAUACACCUGGAUGAUGAAAACGAGUCCGAUCACUUCGAGAACCUCCAGUCGACCAACUGGCAGACGAUGAGGUUUAAACCUCCACCGCCGAACUCUGACAUCGGCUGGAGAGUUGAGUUUCGCCCCAUGGAGGUGCAGUUAACUGACUUUGAAAACGCUGCGUACGUGGUGUUUGUCGUGCUGCUGACCAGAGUGAUCUUGUCUUAUAAACUGGACUUCCUAAUCCCUCUGUCAAAGGUGGAUGAAAACAUGAAAGAGGCUCAGAAGAGGAAUGCAGUCCAGGAGGGAAUGUUUUACUUCAGAAAGGACAUUUACAAAGGCUGCAGCACGGUGCUGGACGGCGCCUCUUCUGCUCAGAACGGCUUGGAGACUGAUGGAGGCGAUAAUGAAGAGUACACGCUGAUGAGCAUUGACACGAUCAUCAAUGGAAAGGAGGGAGUUUUUCAAGGGCUCAUCCCGAUCCUCAACUGCUAUCUGGAAAACAUGGAAGUUGACGUCGACACAAGGUGCACCAUUUUGAAUUAUCUGAAGCUCAUCAAGAAGCGUGCCUCAGGCGAACUUAUGACAAUGGCCAAGUGGAUGAGGGAGUUUGUCUCCACGCACCCGCAAUACAAGCAGGACAGCGUCCUGACCGAUAAGAUCAACUACGACCUCUUCCUCAAGUGCGACAGGAUCGGAAAAGGCGAGGAGCAGUGCCCGGAGCUCAUCGGAAACCCUGUUAACAAGUUUAAAUGAGGAAACACUGUAGAAAGUAUUUUAAACACACGCAUGUGAAGAGAGACCAAAUGUAUGGCUCAGAGCGUUAAGCAGUCCAAGUGUAAGAGAAUGCAAAACAGCAUGUGUGUGUUGUAAAAAACUAAAACACACUGGCAUGUAUGUAUAUAUACUGUUUCAGAUUUUUAUGAUUAUACAAAAUUAUUUUAAUAGGGUUAAGACAUACAAAAAGGUUAUGUAAUAGAAAUCAGAUGUGUAUUUAUUUUUCUCUGGAAAUUCCGCCUACCUGUGUGAGAAUGUAAAUGUAGCUAAGAGUUGUACAGUAGUCUGCUGCUUUUAGUCUUGUUCUGUAAAUACUGUAUCUCUUCUCGUUACUACUUAAACAUCAGAGGCUUUUCUGCUGGAUAUGAGCUUUCUUCGCGUUUGAUUGAUUCUUUUCUUUUUUUUUCAUACUUUUUUUUCUGCUGACAUUGUAGUGGGACCUUGACGUUGAUGUUGCAUCCAAUUGGAAAUGUUAAAACAUUGUUUGCUAUGUGAUGCUGCUUCAUAAUAAAUAUGUACACCAGUAA